AGUCAAAGUUAUCCUCUAAACCCAAGAAAUGAAAGCCAAAAUGCUCAGGCGGCUGAAGUGCACCCAUAGAGAGGGGUUCGCUUCAACCUUGCAUUUUGUGUGUGUAUAGGAUCCCUGUGAUCUACUGAUGUGUUGCGAACAAGGAAUGCGUGCUUAAUGGUUAAGGUGUAACUAAUCUGUAUUUCUAAUUUAAUGAUGUUUUAGAAAGCUGCCUUUUAAAUCUGCUGUUUGUUUAGUUAUUGAAAGUCUGUGCUUUUGAUUAGCAAAACGCUGCUGCUAUGGCAGAAGUCUGGGCAAGAAAGACUUUCGAAAGAACAGGGUUUGUGAGGAAAAGGGAGCAUCAGAAUAGUAUGUGGGCUUCCCCCACAUACUGUUAAGCUUUCUGUACAGGUGGACAGCCAGGGCUAGGUGCCAAAUUCUUUUGGUUUACAGGGAGUGGUGGGAGGGAAUCCUCCAAACCGCUCCUAGAAAGGCUUAACUUCCCUCUUUCAGAUGAGGGACAAGCUCCUGCAUUCUGCUCCAGACGCUCGGGGAGAAUGCUUUUUUUUUUGCAGAUGGCUUUUUAAAACAGAACAUUUUACGAUUGGAGACACCAGGGGAAAGAAGAGGAAGAGAGCUGCAGAGGCGAAAUUCAGCUCGAAAUCCAGGUCUGACAACUGUGGCCAUUGUGUGGAGAGUUUCUUUACCCAGCUGGCUCGCUCUCAAAUGGAUGUCCAAUGCUGCUGAGAGGUAGAUGAGAUCCAAAGCACUGUUCUCAACUAGCAACCUUUUACCUGAGAGUCCCAGAAAGAGCAAAGAUGUGGCUUCGAUAAGGACUGCAGGAGUGUGAUGAUAGAACAGGAUUGUUACCUGCGGCGUUUCGUGGGGAAGCAGGAAUAGGAAGGUUGGGGAGGAACAAGCCGCUCCAUUGUGGGAUGGAGCAAACCAGUGAGGAGGCAGUGAUGACCACCAAUUUGGCAGGGCUUCAAGAGAGGAUUAGACAAAUACAUGGAAGAUGUUGCUGACGAGGUGCGCCUGGCGCCAACACUGUUAUCUUUUCGGCGCCAGGGCUCUAAAUGAGAAUAUGGCCAAUGGCAUUGAAGACCUUAUUGGGAUCCCAUUCCCAAACCACAGCAGCGAAGUCCUUUGUGGCUUAAAUGAGCAGCGGCACAAUGGCCUCCUCUGUGACGUCAUCCUCAUUGUCCAAGAUCAAGAAUACAGGACCCACAAGUCUGUCCUGGCUGCCUGCAGCCAGUAUUUUAAGAAACUCUUCACUACCGGCACUUUAGCGGACCAGCCCUACGUUUACGAGAUUGACUUUGUCAAGCCUGAAGCACUUUCGGCAAUCCUUGAGUUUGCCUAUACCUCGACCCUCACCAUCACCACCUCGAACCUCAAGCACAUCCUCAACGCGGCCAAGAUGCUGGAGAUCCAGUGUGUGAUUAACGUAUGCCUAGAAAUCAUGGAGCCCAGUUUAGAGGAGGAAGAUGAGAAGGAGGAGGAGGAGGAAGAGGAGGAGGAGGAGGAGGAGGAGGAGGAAGAGGAGGAGGAGGAGGACAUAGAAGACUUUGCAAAUCAGAACCUGACGGAUGUCCAAGACAUCAGCUGUCGCCAAAGUCCUUCCAAAUCUGACCUUGCCGAAGAAGCAUACUCAGAAAGGCCAAGUAGUUUCUCUAGCCACUUCCCAGCCAAUAGCUCCAGCGGCUCCUUGGGCAUGAUAAGAGACUUCUCCAUUGAGUCUCUCCUAAGGGAAAACUUGUACCCUAAAGCUAGCAUUCCAGAACGGAGGCCAGCUCUGUCUCCAUUUGUGCCCGGCCUCUUUCCUCACCUGUGGAAUGGAGACUUCGGCGCCUUUUCCCAGGUGGACGAGCAGCAGGGGGACAACGGUCCCUUGGACCUGGUUAUCAGGAAGAGGAAAAUCAAGGAAGAGGAGAAGGAGGAGCCCCCUCCCAUCCCAUUCCCCAAUGACAUCUUCAAGGACAUGUUUGCCAACAAUCCAGUGGGCCACCUGGGGCACAUCAAGGCGGAAAACGAUUAUAGCGCUUACCUGAACUUCCUCAGCGCUGCCCACUUUGGGGGAGUCUUUCCUCGGUGGCCGGAAGAAAGGAAGAUCAAGCCCAAAGCUUCCCAGCAGUGCCCCAUCUGCAACAAAAUAAUCAUGGGAGCAGGGAAGCUGCCGCGACACAUGAGAACCCACACGGGAGAAAAGCCAUAUAUGUGCAAUAUCUGUGAAGUUCGAUUUACCAGGCAAGACAAGCUGAAGAUCCACAUGCGGAAGCACACCGGAGAAAGGCCCUACCUCUGCAUCCACUGCAACGCCAAAUUCGUCCACAACUAUGACCUAAAGAACCACAUGCGCAUCCACACGGGCAUCCGUCCUUACCAGUGCAAGUUCUGCUACAAGAGCUUCACCCGCUCGGAUCACCUGCACCGCCAUAUCAAGCGCCAGAGCUGUCGGAUCUCCCGACCUAGGAGGGGGCGCAAGCCGGCCACCUGGAGAGCAGCAAGCUUGUUAUUUGCACAGAACGGCCAGCCAGAUGACAAAAGCUUCAUGAUGCCUCCGGCACUAGAAGAGAUGAGCAGCCACCUCAGCAGCGCAGCGAUGUGCCUUCCAGGCCCCAGCACGAAACAUUUUAUGGACGGGGCCAAGAGCUCUCUGAAUUUGCAAGAGCUAGAGAGCCAGUUUGAGGAAACGCAAAUGAAGCUGUUUGGGAGGACACACCUGGACAUGGAGCGGAACGGCAGCAUCUUUGCCUUUGCGCUGGGCCACAACGACAGCCUCUCUGCACGGCCGUAUUUCUCUCUUCCAGACCCCUGGGGUGCAGGGUUCAAUGGACUGGCAGGACUCAACCACCUCGCCCCCAUUUCUGAAGCUAGCAAUUAAGCGCCAUCUUCUAUCCAAUGGAUGGUUUUGGUCUCCUACAGCACUGCUUUGCUCCCUCUGAUGAAGGGACCUUAUAAGGAUCAAAGACUUUUUUUUCUUCCUGAAAGACUGUGUGGAAAAUUAAGUCACCCCCACAACAUGCCUGACUUCAAAAUCCACCAAAAGACAUCGCUUCUUUGCAUCAGUGUGGGGAAGAACAGGACCUUUCAAGAACAGCAUCAGACUAUUUUUGUUUUUAAAUGUACAGACGUCUUUCUGAGCUACUGUUUUGCAUAUCAUGGCUUCCUUCAGGUUUUGGGGGGUUAUUUGGGUGGGUGCUUUUUGAGGGGGGGAUCCUACGAUUUGGAGUCCUUGUAAAAUAUCCAAAGAUUCUGAGUACUGUAUAAUCUACAAGAACUUGAAGAAAAAGGGACAUUUUUUUUGUUAUGUUUCCUGUUGUUGGGACGGGAUGUUGUCAGGAGACGUGGGAGAUCCUUUGGAAUUUUUCUAUUUAUAACUAUUUUUAUGUGAUUGCUUUAUGUAAAGAGGAAAAAAGGAAAAAAAUACAUGUAAAACAGAUUUGCCUUAGAUAAUCAAGGGACAAUCACCCUUAACUUUUGUGGAAGUUCUAGAUUUUUGUUUGAAAAGACACUUUUAUGUAUUUAUUAAGCAGUAUUAACUGAUUAUUUUGAUUAAAUUAUUGGCAACAUGCAGGGUUUUUCAAAUGCACAUUAGUAAAACAUUGGGAAGGAAACGGCUGCUUCACACAUUACCUGGGUUUUUUCCAGGUGUACACUCAACAGGCAACCACAGCCAACCGGGGCUUUCUGACAAGUGUACUUCUGUAAUGUGUGUGUUUGUGAGCAUGUGUAUCGCAUUCACACGUUAUACUGUGAGGUAUAUAUUUAAAACAUCUUAAGUGUACACCUAAGAAAUGUAAUGUGUGAAAAGGCACUAACAAUGUUUCAAAAUUUAAACCAGCCUUCCCUACUCUGGUGCCCCUCAGAAGUUCUGGAUUACAGCUCCCAGCAGUCCGAGGCAGCAUGGCUAGGGCUGAUGGGAAGUGUAGUCGAAAACAUCUGGAGGACAGUGCACCAGGCUUUCAAGGACUGGUUUAAACCCAUCUGUCUACAUUCAAUGCCAUUCUGUUUGACUGAGGGACCUACAAAUUGACCCUCUUCCGCAAGGCCUUUUUAAAUGUGACUUUGCACCUUAUUAGACUUCUUGAUUGUUAAAGGGAACAGUGAAUGCAGAUUGUGUUGCUGUUGUUGACAAGUUAAGGUUGAUUGCCCCUGGAUGAUCUCAUUUGGGUUAUAUGUUAACUGGCUCAUAGCUGGGUUCAUUUUCUGGUGGAAAGAAAAUUACAGACCUUAACGAUCUUGCAGCUUCUUGACAUUUCACUGGAAUUCUGUCAAUACAGUUGCCAGAUUUGGGAGGGGGGAAUACUCCAUACUGGGUUGUCCUGUCCGUGGCUAGUUGUCUCCUGUGAUCAAACAUGUGUAGAAUUUUCCCAUGGCAUCUGGUAUCUAGUUUCCUACAAAGUUCUGCUUUCCGUUGUUUUAUUUCUCUUUGUUUUUUCAAUGCACACUUCCAGGCCCUAUUGCAGACAUGGGGAACCUUUGGCCCUCCAGAUGUUGCUGAGCUACAACUCCCACCAUUUCUGGCCAUUGGCCAUGUUUGCCGAGGCUGAUGGGAGUAGUAGUUCAGCAACCCCUGGAGGGCCAAAGGUUCCCCAUCCUUGUCCUAGAUCACGAAUGGGAAGCCUGGGGCUCUCCCAGUGUUGUUGGAUUCCAUCAGCCCCAGCCAGCAUGGCUGGUUGGUCAGAGAUGAGGGGAAUUGUAGGCCAGCAACAUCUGGAAAGCCACAGGUUCCCAGCCUCUGUCCUAGAUGAAAAUCCAGAAGACUCUAGGAACAGGGAGCAUGGUGACCCUUACCUGUGUUCCCACACUCUGAGGAUAACAUCUGAACUAGCUCAUCAGAUCUGCUAUUAUUUUUGUGGAACACAUCCAGUGCCAAGCUGGAAAUUGCCAGACCGUUCUAAUAAAAGUCUCCACUGUCAGGGAGGUAAUAGAUCUCCUGUCCAAACUCCAGAAGAGAACUUAAUUGUGCUUCUUUCCACUGAAACCAGUUGGCAUCAGCACCAUCAAAUCUCUGAUGGAUUCUGGAGUCUGCUUUGUGUGGUUAACUGCCUUUACUUCAUUUGUUCUAGUCAUAUCAACCUGCUUAGAACCCUGUUUGCCCAUCAUGUACCUUGUUACCUGAUAUCCUGGAGCAUAUUAUUCCCUUGGCAAACCAACAAAUUCUGAGAUACCAGUUGCUUAACACUGCAGGAGGGGAGAGUGCUGUGCUCAGGUCCUGCUUUUGGGCUUCCCGUGGGCAUCUGGUUGACCACUGUGAGAACAGGAUGCUGGACUUGGUGGGCCACUGGCUUGAUCUAGCAGGCUCUUCUUAUGUUCUUAUGAGAUGCAAAUGUCUGGUCCAGAAUAAAACUGACAUACUGAGCAGAGUUUUCUGCAGAAGAAUCAUAACUGGAUAAAGUGUUCUGAUUUGUUCCAUUUAUCCAGAGCACAGAAUUGAAAGGAUGGGUGUCUCUCUCUCUGUUUUGCAGAAUAUUAAUAGCACUAGUUAUCCCUUAUUGAAUUCCUUGCAAUGUGCAGGAUGAUUGUUCUGAUGCAGAGGCUUCCCCAAGGAGACUGAUUCUGAUCAAGCAGAAUAUGAGGCAGAAUCCAACAGGCCACUAUCCAACAUAGUUAAGCUUGCUAAAACCCAUUGAAAUCAAUGAUAAAUGUGGUAAAUGUUGAUCGAGCUCUUACUCCUGAGUAAGAACUGGCGCAGAAGUGAUGAUUGGGGCAUGUCUAAAUGGACCAUCACAGACAGAACACCACAGGAUGAACUGUCCUAUCAGUUCACAACACCUCCUCCAACACAUGCCUUUCAGUGGUGUAAGUUCACACAUUCAACUAGCGGUCUUAAAAGUGCAGUCAUCAAGUCUGGGGGAGGAGGAAGCAAGUAAUGGGGUACGCUUGUGUGAAGCACAGAUUGCAGGAAGCCAUGCUGGCUGAGGCUUGGGAGUUGGAGUCCAAAAUAUCUGGAGGGUGCCAGGUUGGUGAAGGCUGGUGUAUGCUAUGAUUCCACGAGAGUGCUGAAAGAGAGGAGCAACAGCAGAGUGUAGUAUUGGGCCCAGAAUUCAGCUGCCCUGGAAUCUCAGCUUUUAUUUUCAAAGCAAGUUUCCAGCCCUGUGUGAAGUCUUGCUAGGAAGUCUUAAGGGCAACACCUGCUGACAUUUCAGAAGCCAGAAGAAAUAUUUCCAGUGGGGCAGGGUUUCAGGGCUCACCAUAGCACUCUCCUCUGACCAGCAAAACCAGAAUUAAAUGUGCAGAACAGUAGGGGAGCAGGAACCUUGCAGAAUAAAAAAUGCAAAAAAAUAAAAUAAAAAUCAGAGAAAUGGAUGCAGUAUUGCUCAGUCUGCAUAAUUUAUGCAGGCACAGAACCCAGCAGAAUACUGGGGAGCAGAUUGCUUGGGAUUUUGGAUUGCUUGGGAUUUUGUUUGUGAAAGUAACCAUUAAGUAUGCCCAGCCCUGACUAUGGGUCUGAUCCUUUCAUGACCCUUGCAAUGUGGUUGCUGCUUCCAUAUGAUUGGGGUGCGUACACACCAUACAUUUAAAGCACAUGGCUUCCCUGAAAGAAUUCAUCAUGGAGUUACAGUUCACAGCACCUUUCACAAACUACAGCUCCCAGGAUUCUUUGAGGGGAAAUCACGUGCUAAUAACACACCACUGUUGCUUGACAUGGGGAAAUAUGGGGUGGAUGGCAGGCAUUCUUAUGCCUGAGCCACAUGCUUCCUUGGGGUCCCUAACCGUGGCAUCUGCCCUGCUUCAAAGGUUAUCAGUGUGCUUCCGACCAUGGGGCAGAGGCAAUUAUUCUGCAAAGGUAAGGCAAAAUUUUGCCUUUUGUCAAGCCACCAUCUGGCACAGAUGUUCAAAGACUCCCGUCUUGAGAAUGAAGACAGAGCAGUGAGCAGUCCGUGCAAACAUGUCGAGCAAAUGCUUCAGUGGCACUAGUUGCUGCACAGCAAUAGAUGACCAGACUCCUUCCUUUUGACUGUUGUUUGGGGUGGGGUGGGCAGAAAAUAAAUGGCAACUCCCAUCAGUUGAGAAGGCCCCAGUCCUGCUGUAAACAUACCUAUUGCACAGUUUUAA